GUCGGUGAGCUGCUGGUGUUGGCUGCAGGAACAGAUUGAAGAAACCAUGGCCAAUCAACGGGAUUACAUUAGCAGACCUAUUUGCAAUGGAAUUUCUGUUCCUGAAAAUAAAAUCAAUUCCUUAGUGGCUGAAGGUCAUGGACAACAAAUUCUGAAAGUACUACAAAAAUUCAGAGAACAAAAUAUAUUUUUUGACUUUAAAAUUCUUGUGAAAGAUGAAAUAAUUCCUUGUCAUCGUUGUGUACUGGCAGCGUGCAGUGAUUUUUUCAGAGCCAUGUUUGAAGUUAAUAUGAAAGAACGAGAUGAUGGCAAUGUUACUAUUAGUAAUCUAUCGCCCAAGGCAGUGAAAGCCUUUCUUGAUUAUGCUUACACAGGAAAAACAGAGAUAACAAAUGAUAAUGUGGAAAUGCUCUUCCAACUAUCAUCAUUUCUUCAGGUUUCACUCCUUUCCAAAGCUUGCAGUGACUUUCUAAUAAAAAGUAUUGACCUUGUGAAUUGCUUACAGUUGCUUUCUCUAUCAGAAAGUUACGGUUCCGUCCGCUUAUUUGAUCAUGCACUAGAUUUUGUACAGCACCACUUUUCCUUGCUGCUCAGAUCAAGUGAUUUUUUGGAGAUGAAUUUUGAGAUACUACAAAAAUGUCUCGAGGCUGAUGAGCUAAAUGUCCCAGAGGAAGAAUCAGUGUUGAAAGCUGUCCUCCAGUGGACCAAACACAACAUUGAAACACGACAGAAAUAUCUGCCUAAUCUAAUUAAAAAAGUGAGACUGCACCAGUUACCUGAAAAGACUUUGCAGGACUUUCUACAUUCUGAAGAACCCUUACUUAAGAGUGCUAAUUGCUCAGUAAUAAUCAAUGAUGCAGUUAAAAGUGUGCAAAACUUUAGCGGACUGUUUCCAGAUGCACGUCCUUCAACAACAGAAAAAUACAUAUUUGUUCAUAAAACUGAUGAAGAUGGAGAAAACAGACAUACAUUCUGCUACAACAUCAAAACAGAUAAAUGGAAAGAACUACCACAUACUCACAUGAUUGAUCUUCCAGGGUCAAGCUUAUCUAGUUAUGGAGAAAAAAUAUUUAUAACUGGAGGAUGCAAAGGGAAUUGUUAUAGGACUGUCAGGCUUCAUAUUGCUGAACCAUUUCAUGAUGCCACUGACCAAACCUGGUGCUACUGCCCAGUCAGUAAUGAGUUCUCCAUAGUGUCAGCUAUGAAAAAACCAAGGACAAUGCACACAUCUGUUGUCACCUUAAAUCAGCUGUUUGUAAUAGGUGGAAAGACCAGGGGAGCUCAAGAAACCCGAAGCCUUUUGGAUGUAGAGUCAUAUAACCCUCUUUCCAAAGACUGGAAAUCUGUAAGCCAAUUACCAAGAGGUAUCUACUAUCCAGAAGCAAGCGCAUGUCAGAAUAUAAUUUACGUCCUUGGCUCAGAAGUAGAGAUUACUGAUGCCUUCAAUCCAUCUCUUGACUGUUUCUUUAAGUAUAAUGCUAUGACUGAUCAGUGGUCUGAGCUUGUAGCAGAAUUUGGGCAGUUUUUCCAUGCAACUCUAAUCAAAGCAGUUCCAGUAAACUGUACAUUGUACAUAUGUGAUCUCUCCACCUACAAGGUCUACAGCUUUUGCCCAGAAACCUGUGUUUGGAAAGGGGAAGGAUCUUUUGAAUGUGCUGGCUUUAAUGCAGGAGCAGUUGGGACAGAAGACAAAAUUUACAUAUUAGGUGGUGAUUAUGCUCCAGAAGAAAUCACAGAUGAAGUUCAAGUCUACCACAGUAGUAGGUCUGAGUGGGAAGAAGUUUCACCAAUGCCAAGAGCCUUAACUGAGUUUUACUGUCAGGUCAUUCAGUUUAAUAAAUACAGGGACCCCUGGUCAUCAGUAUUAACAAUUUGCUCUGGAGAAUUUUGAAACUCCUGAGUCAAAAGAAUCUAUUUAAAGGCACAAGUUUUAGAACAGAUUUUUAGGUAUUAAUUUACAGAUGGAAAAAAUGUACUAUUUUAUUUAAAUCUUCAGUUUAAACUGUAUGCUAUAGAAUUGCUUUUGGAAGAGUCCAUUAUCAUUCAUGCUAGUCAAUAUAUAGAAAGUAUUAAUUUUAUAUGCAAGUCUUCUCUGUAAUUAUCUGAAUCAUUUGCAAAAUUGUAUUACU